AUGCUGCCAGAUCACCCUCGCAAACGCAAGGCAGAUGACCGCAACGCUUCGCCACAGAUGCCAACUCGGAAAGUCUUUCGGGGGGAGCCGGUGGAGGAACGCCGCAUCCCCGAGACGCCCAAACAGGGCCGUGAAAUUUCCUGGAACCUCUCGCAGUCCUCAUCGUCCUCAUCUUCAACCAGUGCUCGGACUUCGUCGACUUUGUUGACUUUGUCCCAAUCUUCGUUUUCCGCUUCAAGCAGCCGUUUGCCCACACGGAGAUUUCCACUGGAUCAGCUUCAAGACGCGGAGUACCGUCAAGAACCAGAUGGCCUUGAGCGCCACGAAGACGUGAAGAAGGAGAGCUAUGAGAAGUCCGAGGGUGACGUGAAGGAGGAGAGCUACGAGAAGUCCGAGGGUGAGGACCAGGAUCUUGGGCCACCUGCGCCAUCUGCAGAACAUUUGGAGAGACUGGGCAUUCUUCGCCAAAUCGACCCCCACAGGAUUGCCGACACAUUGAUCAGACAAGGCAAAGCAGGAUGGACUUGGGACAAAAGAAAGCAAUCAACCGUGUGCGCUGCAAGCUUGCUUACACACUACACCCUGGGCCAGGUACAAAACUUGACAACGUACGACGUAAAACCAGUUGCAGGGGCUGAUUUACAAUCUCCGAUGUAUCAGGCUACACUAGUCACGGUGUUGUCUGACAAGGUCUAUGUUGGCAAACUGGCAACAGAUGCGCCUGCAGCAAAGAGGUCAGUGGCCCAAGUGUUUCUCACGGCCCCAGAAGUGCAGGCCCUUUUUGACAAGAUACCACCAAAGCUUUCCGACAUCAAGAGUAAAGUCAGGCUUGAUGAGAUGGAAAGAAAGAGAUGCAAGGAACACAACGCCUCAAGAGCUGUUCGCCAUGAGAUCGAAUUUCGCCGUGCAGAUGCUGUGCUGGCCGUUUUCCGUGAGAUCGGCUACCGCAUUGAUCUUUGGGACCAGCUAGACGAAUUGGGUCCUAGAUCCCACAGAUCCGGCAUCGUCAGGGCAGCCUCGCCAAGGGAAAAGCGAUUCUGA